AUGGCGGACCCGGCAAUAGAGCCCUUCAUGGCUGCCGACGCCCUUGCACAUCCUCGCCGUCGACUCUCCGCAUCAACAACGGCUGAUCAGGGCCGGCCGAAGACCUCACUACCCGAGACCAACAACCUUGAUCCAGACACUUGCAGGAUAUGCCGGGGUGAGGCGACGCCCGACGAACCGCUUUUCUACCCCUGCAAAUGCAGCGGCAGUAUCAAAUAUGUGCACCAAGAGUGCCUGAUGGAGUGGCUUUCGCACUCGCAGAAGAAACACUGCGAGCUGUGCAAAACGCCAUUCCGCUUCACUAAGCUGUACUCGCCUAAAAUGCCGAACACACUCCCCGUCCAUGUCUUUAUCGGCCAUGUAGCGAAAUACCUUUUUCGGAACAUUUUGACGUGGCUGCGGGCCGGCUUGGUGGCAGUGGUCUGGCUCUGUUGGCUCCCUUGGCUCAUGCGUUCUGUCUGGUCGUUUCUGUUUUGGCUGAGCGACGAAGGCCUUGGCGGUGGACAAUUUUGGAUCCCCGCCAACAUCUCGGCAUCGCAUCCCGGACACCCAUACAUCGGCUUGAAGUACCUUGACGCCUGCCCUCUUAACAAGUCCGCUUACAAGUCAGCCAUGAGUCCGAAUCUUGGCCGCAACAUGAAUGGACUCUUGCAGACGCAUUCCACAGCACCUUUCUCCGGGUCAUGGCACGGAUUCGACAUCACCACUGAUGACUCCUUGACCGCAGGUAUGCUGAGGCUCUUUUUCGGGUCCAUGCCACCCUCCUUCACAGUGAGCCAUAGCAUCCCUGGGGCUGCUACGUCCUUGGAUCCGCAUGCGUCCCUCCUGAGUAAUGUUUCGUUCCUUCGAAACUUUUCACGCUAUCCUGUACUGAACCGGACGAUCAUCAACAUCUUCGAGGGUCAGAUCAUCACCAUUUUGGUCAUUAUCUGUUUCAUUCUUGUCAUCCUGGUCCGUGACUACGUGGUUCAACAACAACCCGAGAUUAACAUGCGAGCUGCUUUUGCUGCUAAUGAGCAGGAGCAGCACCAGCACCCGCACCAACAUCAACACGAGAAUGAUGAAGAACAGCGAAUGGCCGCACAAGUAGAGAAUCUUCCGGGGCCAGAUGAUGAUUGGAUUGACCAAGACGACGACGGAUCUGCUGCAGAGUGGCAAAAUCAGGUGCUCGACUUACCUUUUGGGAACAUUGGCCCGCGCUGGGAGCAGGAUAACAGUCAAGCCGAGGGUUCCAACGGGCCUUUUGUCCAACCGCAGCCUCAAUCAAGCGCGGAGGAGCAGGCCGAAGCUUCAGAGUUAGUGAGUGAUACCCUGGCGAAUCUUGCCCCGUCUCCGAUCCAAACCUCCGAUGGUUUAGACACGGAGCAGCCACAAAGCCCCGUAGCUACGGUCCAUGAGUAUCUGAGAAUCUAUCGGCAAUCGAACGGAGAUCCGCACCUGAUUCUCCAAGCUAUUCGGGAUGAGGGCUUAGAGGACAAGCUUGGAUACUGGGCCCGUGUCACCAGGUCCAUGAUUGACAAGACGAAUGGCAAUCCGCCCCAACAACCCAGCAAUGAGGAAGGGCAACAUUCCCGAGGACAUAGAUGGGCUGAUGGGCCACCAGGGGAAGAACCCCCAAUUGUACAGCUUCCUCUACCUUCGACGCCUGAAUUCGCUUGGCAUGGCGGCAUGACGAGUGCCAAUGCCGAUUUUUCGGAGGCCAAGGGCAAAGAAAAGGAAGAUGAGGUGUUCGAGGAGUCUCAAGAUUCGCUCAUUGCUUCCGGGGCAUCUUCAUCGUGGAACAACACUCUGAGGCCUCGGUCUGUCUCGGAUGGGCCACAGAGAGCGGCUACCGUCAACCCCCUGGCCAACAACAGCUGGUCGUUCUCGGCCUUGCCAGCUGAUGCUCCUGCACGCGGAAACGCAUCUUCACAGGAGCUUCCACAGGUAACUGAACAGCCCGAUGAUGCGUGGGAGAGGACUGGCGCACCAAGAACGCCGACUCCAGUUGACUGGACCUGGACGCCUGCCGCAGGAGAAGACACCGAGGAGCUCGAAGCACAACUUGACGCCUCGAACCUAGACGAUGUUAGCACUGCGGCCUCAGCAUCAGGUUCCGCACAUGCUGCCUUUGAACACCUCGAGCUCGACCAUGCCAGUCUCGAUGUAAACCCCGAUGGCGUAGACAUUCGCGAACAGGAGCCUGGCGUGGCAAAUGCUGGCGACAUAGCGGUGCCUCAACGACCCCCUCUGCAGCGCGGCGUCAUGGAUCGCCUUGCUGAUUUCAUGUGGGAUGGCAUCGAAGCUCGAGAGCUAGACAUCGGAGCUGGCCAUGCUGACAUUCUCGACGCUGAUCAUGUUCACGGUAACGUUGGUGAUGACGAGCUUUUCGAAGAAGCGAUCCCUCUGGAAGGCGACAACCCUGACGACUUUGAACGCGAUCCAGAAGUUGUCGAGGCGGCAGUGGCAGCGGGCUUGGAUCCCGAAGCCAUGGAUGACGCGGAAGAUAUCGAGGGCGUACUGGAGCUCAUUGGCAUGCGUGGACCCCUCGUGGGACUGUUCCAAAAUGCUGUAUUCUGCGCAGUCCUGGUCUCCGUCACCAUCUUCAUCUGCGUCUUCAUUCCUUAUAAUAUCGGGCGCGUCAGCGUGUGGGCGGCAAUGAACCCGAUGCGCUUGGUUCGUAUGCUGUUCAGCUUCACGAAGUUCAUUCAAGAUCUUGCUGUCGCUCUCGUGGCGGGAUUCUGUAGCCUGCUAUUGGGUGCCAUGUUCAUGGUUGGCAACGCUCUAGGACUGUGGUUGCCCUCAGCGCGGCGGUCCUGCGAGAACCUUAUGGCUCACACUUGGAAUCUAUCAGACCAUGCAGGCAAGCGAAUCCUCGAGAGUCUGAGUGGCGAACUUCCCCUGAUAUCUGCUACGGAGAUGCAGAAUUUCUCUGCCAUCAGCCAUGAGGCAUUGCAAACGCUGAAGAGUCAAGUCGCGGCCCUGUUCGUCGGCGUCGGGGCUGCUUUAGACGUAGUCUUCGACGGAAAACUCCCCAGCAAGGCGUUGCACUUCAUCAUUUGGGCAGGCAAGGUUGGAGUCUCUGCCCUAUACUUGAUGCGUGAUUUGCCGCACAUUCUUCUCAACCCAGCCAGCUGGGUCAUCAGUUUCGAUGUCCCGGAUGUGCCAGUCGGCGUUGACCCUGCGCUGGCAUCAUGGUCAGGACCCGACCGUUUCUGGGCCAUUUUGUGUGGUUACCUCAGCAUGUCUGGUGUAGGAGCGCUGUACCUGCGCAGAGGCACACCAUUUUCGAACGGACAAAUCGCCCAGGAAUGGGAGGCAUCGUUGAUUGACCUCCUGAAUCAAGCCAGCGGCGUCAUGAAGGUCAUCUUGAUCAUCAGCAUCGAGAUGCUGGCCUUCCCGCUCUACUGCACUGGGUACAUGUUCCAUUUCGCGCUCUUUGUAUCCAUGUGUCGAAAGAUCAUGCGCAAGGGGGUGCUAUACUUUAUCCGAGAUCCUGAUGAUCCCGACUUCCACCCCGUUCGCGACGUCCUUGAGCGCAAUGUCGUAACGCAACUUCGAAAGAUACUGUUCUCCGCGUUCGUCUAUGGCGCGCUGGUCAUUGUCUGCCUUGGGGGUGUUGUCUGGGGGCUAUCCUUCACCGUACCCAACGUGCUGCCAAUUCACUACUCAUCGAAUGAGCCGGUACUGGAGUUUCCGAUUGACCUACUCUUUUAUAACUUCGCCAUGCCACUCGCUGUCAAGUUCUUCAAACCCAGUGAUGGCCUCCAUGCCAUGUACACUUGGUGGCUUCGAAAAUGCGCUCGCGGCCUACGUCUCACUUGGUUCCUGUUUGGUGAGCGUCGGAUUGAUGAAGAGGGUACGCUGGUUCUGCGCCCGUCGUCCAGGUACAGCUCCCUCCCGUGGUGGAAGCGCUUCUUCCUCGAGGUCAACCAAAAGAGCCAGGUGGUGCCCAAGAGAUGGAAGAACACGUUCAAAGGUGGUACUGCCAAGCCAUCGUCGGCGCUCAGCAAAGAGAAAUUCACCAGCUCCAGUCUACGAAACGUAGGCUCGUUGAGUCCGGUCAGCUCAUCAAGACGGUGUCUUUGUGGGGCACCGCCGGGCUUCCGAUCAGGGUCAAAAUUCCCAAAGGCGGACAAGGGGGUCAUGGAAGUAUCCGAGGGAUGA